UCCAUUUGCGGUGGCUACCAAACGGCACUCAGCGGCUGGGGGCGACGCCCGAGUCCUUUGCGGGGUGACAUUCGGUGCCAAGGAGACUCGUCGUAGCGUCAAGCCGACCACAGCCCAAGGCAGCGCGUGUCGCUUUAAAAGGCUGAGCCGCGGCGGCGCGUCUCGGAAGUGAUCCGGGCUCUCUGGAGGGUGGCGGCCGGCGCGGCGCGGUGCGGGGCUCGCCAUGGACGCGCUGACUGCCCUGGCGCUGCUCCUCGUCCUGCUGCUGCCCGUCCUGCUCGCCAGUAGCCACACGUUCGUCUACCACUUCAAGAACGUCUUCUACGUGGCCUGGAUGAUGGUCAUCGGAGUGGUGGCCAUCCCGCUGUGCCUGCUGAGCUCCGGAUGGCGAAACGUGGAUAACAUGCGGAUCCUCGCCUGGUUGACCCGACACGUCAAGCACUUGCUUGGACUCAAGUACCAUGUGAGCGGCCUGGAGCACCUGGAGCUCGAGGGGUCCUACGUGGUCAUCUCCAACCACCAGAGCUCCCUGGAUGUGUUGGGUAUGAUGGAGAUCCUCCCCGACCGCUGCACUGCCAUCGCUAAGAAGGAGCUCCUCUACGCUGGCACGGUGGGCCUGGUGUGCUGGCUGGGCGGGGUCAUCUUCAUCAACCGCCAGAAGACGAGCGAUGCCAAGAGCGUGAUGGCCGAGGCGGCGGAGACCAUGCUGCGAGAGAAGCUGCGGGUGUGGAUCUUUCCGGAAGGCACCCGGAACCUGAUGGGCAGCAUCCUCCCAUUCAAGAAAGGGGCAUUUCAUCUGGCUGUGCAGGCGCAGGUGCCCAUUAUUCCAGUGGUCUUCUCCUCAUACAGCAACUUCUACAAGCAGCGGGAAAGGCGCUUUAAUUCAGGUACCAUAACUAUGAAAGUCCUGCCAAGAAUUAAGACCAAAGGCCUGACCGCCAACGAUGCCAGCACCCUCUCGGAGUCGGCCCACAAGCUCAUGCUGGCCACCUUCCAUGAGAUAUCCGCGCUGACGGCAGAGGCCAACGGAGCGCAUGGCGAGUGAUGCGUCUGCCACCCACCACUUGGCCAUGAGCUCGGUGCUCGCAUGGGAUGAGGAGAUGCCCCGGGCCAGCCUUACAUGGAGGACUUUCUCUUCAUUUAUGUAUCCUGCUGGUGGGCACAGGGCGUGGUGCCCUGUCCUCGCUGGCCAUGGACUGAAAUACAAACGGCUUUUGUUGUUCUUGUGUCUGCUAAUACAUACAGUUGUGCAGAAGGC